GUUAGAUGGACCAAUUUAAGAAGGCAGGCGGACACCUCAUUUGUCGUUGUCUAAUGCAUUUACAAUCGCUGAGAGUAAAUAAACAAUUCAAUAGUUAGUUCCAUUAGUGGUACACAUUUAGCUCUAAACGGACUUUCAGUUAUCUACUUUACUUUCUGGUCAAGGAUGUAGCUACUUAUGCAAUUUGCGUUCAACUGAACUCAUUAUCAGUAUUCUGUUGUACAACUCGCAGGAUUCAGGUGUGCAAAAUUCGAGAAAUACGCACAAAUCAGUUGUAUCAAAAUGACAGAUACACGUGACUUGACAAAACUGUAUAGCAACGCUCAAGAGACCAAGAUUCCAGAACUAGUUCCAAUUGAAGGACAAAUACCAGACUAUGUUAACGGAACAUAUUUAAAAGUUGGUCCUGGAAAAUACCAUUUCGAAAAUGGGUUCUCAGUUAAUCACUUCUUUGACGCUUAUUCAUCUCUGGCUCAAUUUGUAAUUCGUAACGGAUCCACCGUAAAGUUUCAGAACAAAUAUUUGGAAACGGACGUCUUUAGAAGAGCAAAUGCGGCAAAAGGGUCCGUUGUUUGUGAGUUCGGGACUGGUGCUAUACCCGACCCAAGCAAGGGAUGGUUGUCGAGAUGCAUCCCACAAGUGAUUCCAGAAAUGUCAGACAACCACAACAUGGCAUUGUACCAAAUAGGAACAAAUAUAUGCGUUGCAGGAGAGACCUGUUUUUUUCGCGACUUGGACGCAAUAAAUAUUCAACUGGGCGAUAAACAUGACACAAACAAGUGUUAUGGACUUAACUUUGUCUCUCCACAUCUUCUUACGGACGAUAAGACUGGAGUCACAUACACUGUUGGAUCAUCUUUUACAACCGGGUUGAAGUACAAUUUCGUGAGAAUUCCACCAAUGACUGGAAAACCUUCAACAAAGGAGAUGCUGAAAAAGGCUCAAAUCUUUUCUACAAUUUCCAGCCAAGUUUCCACCUUACUUUCCAUGCACCAUAGUUUUGGGAUGACAUCCAAUUAUCUUGUAUUUGUGGAGCAGCCGUAUGUUCUCAACGUGACUAAGAUUCUGGGAGGGAUACUCACAAAAGGUCAAUGCUUCAUGGACUGGUUGGAAUGGCGUGGAGAGUUAAGAAACAGAUUUUAUCUAAUUGACAAACAGUCAGGGAAAGUGCACAAAACGGAUUUCGUUACUCAAGAUCCCUUCAUGUUUACACAUUUUAUCAACUGCUAUGAAGACGAUGGACAUGUCGUGUGCGAUAUGCUGGCAUUCGACAACGGAGAUUUCUUUGAUGCAAACAAUGUCAAAAAACUAUUGUCCAAUGAUCCCAUCAGAGACUCGAAUUUUGCUCGGGCAGAACGAUUUGUAAUCCCGUUGUUGGAAAAUGCCAACGAUAUUAUUGACCAAAAGGAACUGGUCACGCUGGAAUACACCACUGCAAGUGUAAUGAAAAUGGGCAAGAAGUUUGUAAUGAAACCAGAAAUAUUGACAACCAAAGGGCUGGAGCUUCCGUGCUUGAAUAAAAAGUUUAUUGGCAAAAAAUAUAAAUUUUUCUACGUGACCGGAAAUACUUCUCCUUGCGGAUAUUUUGAAAACUCUCUGGUAAAAAUGGAUUUGGAGACAAAGGAGCUGAAAGUGUGGCAGGGAAGUACGGAAGAAUAUCCAGGAGAACCAAUGUUUAUACCAAAUCCUUCUGCAAACGAGGAUGACGAGGACAAUGGUGUUAUCUUGUCGGUGGUUAUUAACUCCAGAAUGGAGGAAAAGGAUUAUUUGCUUUUCGUUGAUUCCAAGACAUUCAAAGAGAUUGGUAGGGCUAACUUUUCGCAAUCGAAGGUUCCAUUUUUAAUUCAUGGAAUUUAUCUACCAGAAUGACUUUUAACUUAAAAUCCUGACAGAUACGUGAACUAUAUAUCGUUUAAUUGUAUACUAUAUAAACCAUAUCAUAUAAUCAAAAUCAAUAAAAGCAAAGGUAAACAGUAA